GCGACGCGGCCCGGCCGGAUGGGGGCGAGCCGGCCAUGGAGGACGAGCAGAGCUUCUUGGAUAUCUGUGGCGGCCGCCUGACCCUGCAGCGCCGCUACUUCCCCUCCUGUCGGGAGUUCUGCCUCAGCUGCCCCCGGCUCUCGCUGCGAUCGCUCACCACUGUCACCUGCACCGUGUGGCUAGUGGCCUACGGGCUCUUCACCCUCUGCGAGAACAGCAUGAUACUCUCUGCUGCCAUCUUCAUCACUCUCUUAGGCCUGCUUGGCUACCUCCAUUUUGUGAAGAUUGAUCAAGAGACUCUGUUAAUCAUUGAUUCCCUUGGCAUCCAGAUGACUUCUUCCUAUUCAUCAGGCAAAGAAAGUACCACCUUCAUUGAGAUGAGCAAAGUGAAGGAUAUCGUCAUUAAUGAGGCUAUUUACAUGCAAAAGGUGAUUUACUACCUCUGCAUAUUAUUGAAGGAUCCGAUGGAACCACACGGAAUAUCCCAAGUAGUACCUGUCUUCCAGAGUGCCAAGCCCCGGCUGGACUGCUUGACUGAAGUGUACAGGAGCUGCCAGGAGAUCCUGGCACACCAGAAAGCCACAUCAACAAGCCCCUGAGUCCCAGCAUACAGAAGGCCAGUAUUGUCUUCCAUGGGAGAUGAUUCCUAAGCCAUAGUGGCUGG